GAAGUUUUUCCAACAACCAUGGUUUUUUCUCUCCCCUUCAGAAACUACUCAGAGGAUAAUGGACCCUGGAAAUCAGUCCACAGUGACUGAGUUCAUCCUCGCUGGGCUAACAGAGAAACCGGAACUCCAGCUGCCCCUUUUCUUCCUCUUCCUAGGAAUCUAUGUGGUCACGGUGGUGGGGAACCUGGGCAUGAUCACUCUGAUAGGGCUUAGCGUUCACUUGCACACCCCCAUGUACUACUUCCUCAGUAGCUUGUCCUUCAUUGAUCUCUGCCAUUCCACUGUCGUUACCCCCCAAAUGCUGACAAACUUUGUGACAGAGAUGAAUGUCAUCUCCUACCCUGAAUGCAUGACUCAGCUCUAUUUCUUCCUUGUUUUUGCUAUUGCAGAGUGUCACAUGUUGGCUGCAAUGGCUUAUGACUGCUACGUUGCCAUCUGUAGCCCCUUGCUUUACAAUGUCAUCAUGUCCCAUCAGACUUGUUUCUCCCUGAUUUUGGGAGUGUAUAUUAUAGCCCUGGUUUGUGCAUCUGUUCACACAGGCUGCAUGUUUAGGGUUCAUUUCUGCAAAUUUGAUGUGAUCAACCAUUAUUUCUGUGAUCUUCUUUCCCUCUUAAAACUCUCCUGUUCUAAUACUCAUGUCAAUGAAUUCCUGAUUCUAGUCUUUAGUGCAAUUAAUAUCCUUGCUCCCAGCCUGACGAUCCUUAGCUCCUACAUCUUCAUCCUCUCCAGCAUCCUCCGCAUCCACUCCACUGAGGGCAGGUCCAAAGCCUUCAGCUCCUGCAGCUCCCACAUCUCAGCUGUUGCUCUCUUCUAUGGAUCUGCUGCAUUCAUGUACUUGCAGCCAUCAUCUGUGAGCUCCAUGGACCAAGGGAAAGUGUCCUCUGUGUUUUAUACCAUCAUUGUGCCCGUGCUGAACCCCCUGAUCUACAGCCUGCGGAAUAAGGAUGUCAAAUUUGCCCUGAGGAAAAUGUUAGAGAAAAGAAUAUUCUUGUGA